AUGGCAGGUGCUGGUGAGCGCAAAGGCAAGAAGGAUGACAAUGGCAUUGGCACAGCCAUUGAUUUUGUGCUCUCCAAUGCCCGGCUGGUGCUGGGUGUGGGUGGAGCAGCCAUGUUGGGCAUCGCCACACUGGCAGUUAAGCGGAUGUAUGACCCGGCCAUCAGUGCCCCUACCAGCCCCACCCGCCUAAGCCAUUCAGGGAAGAGGAGCUGGGAAGGGCCAAACUGGAUGGGCUCUCCGCGACUAUUGAACAAGGACAUGAAGACAGGCCUGAGAUGGUCCCUUCAGACCCUUCCCACAGAGGCUUCUGCCUUUGACACAGAUACAUUCUGCCCACCCCGGCCCAAACCUUUGGCCAGGAGGGGCCAGGUAGACUUGAAGAAGUCACGACUCCGCAUGUCCCUGCAGGAGAAACUUCUUUCUUACUACCGGAACCGGGCAGCCAUCCCUGCUGGAGAGCAGGCUCGGGCCAAGCAAGCUGCGGUGGACAUAUGUGCUGAGCUCCGGAGCUUCCUGCGGGCCAAGCUGCCAGAUAUGCCGCUUCGGAACAUGUACUUAAGUGGCAGCCUCUAUGAUGAGCUGCAGGUGGUGACAGCUGACCAUAUCCAACUCAUUGUUCCCCUUGUGCUGGAGCAGAACCUGUGGUCAUGUAUACCUGGGGAGGACACCAUCAUGAAUGUCCCUGCUUUCUUCCUGGUUCGUCGUGAGAACCCAGAGUACUUUCCUCGUGGUAGCAGUUAUUGGGACCGCUGUGUUGUAGGUGGCUAUCUUUCCCCAAAGACAGUGGCAGAUACCUUUGAGAAGGUGGUGGCAGGCUCCAUCAACUUGCCAGCCAUAGGGUCCCUCUUAGACUAUGUGAUCCGGCCAGCACCACCCCCAGAGGCCCUGACACUAGAAGUGCAGUAUGAGAGGGACAAACACCUUGUCAUUGACUUCUUGCCAUCAGUGACCGUUGGUGACACGGUCUUGGUGGCCAGACCACAUCGGUUAGCUCAGUAUGACAACCUUUGGCGGCUGAGCCUUCGUCCUGCUGAGACAGCACGCUUACGGGCUUUGGACCAGGCGGACUCCGGCUGCCGGUCUCUGUGCCUCAAGAUCCUCAAGGCCAUAUGCAAGUCCACCCCAGCUCUGGACCACCUCACUGCCAGCCAGCUGACCAAUGUCAUCCUCCACUUGGCCCAGAAGGAGGCUGACUGGUCUCCAGACAUGUUGGCCGACCGCUUCCUACAGGCCCUGAGGAGACUCAUCAGCUACUUGGAGGCUGGAGUCUUGGCCAGUGCCCUGAACCCCAAGGUGAACCUAUUUGCAGAGCUCACCCCUCAAGAAAUAGAUGAAUUGGGAUAUACCCUCUACUUCUCGUUGUCUGAGCCGGAGGUGCUGCUGCAGACGUAGGGCAGGUGAAGGCCCAGACUCUCCGUUAGAAACACUUGGCUACAUGGUUGGUGCCU